UAUGCACACGAAAGCACACGCGGUACACGCAGUGUCACGGAGCUAUCCUGGGGUUGGAGCGAUGGUAAAUAUGGACGUGUGCGCCCUGGAGUGCGCGGCGCUGCGGGAGCUGCUGCAGGAGGGCGCGGCGCCGUGCCUGGUGCUGGACUGCCGCUCCUUCUUCGCCUUCAGCUCCUCGCACAUCCUGGGCUCGGCCAACGUGCGCUUCAGUACCAUCGUGCGGCGCCGCGCCAAGGGCGCCAUGGGGCUGGAGCACAUCGUGCCCAACGAGGAGCUGCGCGCCCGCCUGCUGCGCGGACACUACCGCGCCGUAGUGCUGCUGGACGAGCGCAGCGCCGAGCUGGAGCUGGAGCGGCCGGCGCGGGACAGCACCCUGCUGCUGGCUGCCAGCGCCUUGUGCCGCGAGGUCCGCGGCACUCGCGUCUGCUUCCUCAAGGGAGGGUACGAAGCCUUCUCUUCCGCCUGCUCUGAGCUGUGCACCAAGCCAUCGCCUCCCACGGGCCUCAGCCUGCCCCUGAGUGCCAGCAGCGUGCCCGACAGCGCCGACUCGGGCUGCAGCUCGUGUGGCACCCCGCUGUACGACCAGGGUGGCCCUGUGGAAAUCCUGCCAUUCCUCUACUUGGGUAGUGCCUACCACGCCUCCAGAAGGGACAUGCUGGAUGCCUUGGGGAUCACGGCGUUAAUCAAUGUCUCGGCUAACUGCCCCAACCACUUUGAGGGGCACUACCAAUACAAGAGCAUCCCAGUGGAGGACAACCACAAGGCGGACAUCAGCUCCUGGUUUAACGAAGCCAUUGAUUUCAUAGACUCUGUUAAAAAUGAUGGUGGAAGGGUAUUUGUGCACUGCCAAGCUGGCAUCUCCCGAUCAGCAACCAUCUGCCUCGCUUAUCUCAUGCGGACCAACAGAGUCAAACUGGAUGAAGCCUUUGAGUUUGUAAAACAGAGGAGAAGCAUAAUUUCCCCAAACUUCAGCUUCAUGGGCCAGUUGCUGCAGUUUGAGUCCCAGGUCCUAGCCCCAAACUGCUCAGCAGAAGCUGGAAGCCCAGCCAUGUCUGUAUUGGACAGAGGGACAUCGACAACCACAGUCUUCAAUUUCCCUGUCUCCAUCCCUGUACAUGCAUCAUCCAGUGCUUUAAGCUAUCUUCAGAGCCCCAUCACCACUUCUCCCAGCUGCUGAAAGGCAGAUAAGAACUUGCUCAGAACUCAGACUUGACCCUUGUUAUUUAAAAAGUGCAAUAACUCUGGGGACAGUGUCAUCGGUCAUUUUCAUUCUCAUUGUGUUCAUCCAUCAUUCAGAACAACACAUUAUUACUAAUCGGGAGGAGCUUAUCUGGCUCCAGAGAGCUAGGUUCAUUCUGACUCGACUGACAAUUUUUUGACCAAAUCUGGAUGUCUACCAAGAAGUUAAAAGGACAUUGCUUCCUUCUAUUCCAUCUUUGUCUUCUGUCAGUUUUAAACCUAGUCUGUGUUAAGUAGCAUAUUCACCAGUAUUUCCAUUCCUGGACAUUCAAAGCAAGUGACACUGUCCCUUUUUAUACAAGUCCUAUUAUUUAUUUAUUUUUUAUGUAAAUGUAUUGUCUCUGCCUUCACAAGCCUGAAGCUUCAUUUCUAGAGAAACCAAAUACCUCAGUAUUUUUUUUUUUUUUUUUGGUACUGUAAUCCUGUAAAUACAUCUUAAACAGUUCCCACUUCCUAAGCACUGACGUGAGAGCACCAGAUGAGUGCUUUUUUGAGUUGCCAAGGGUUGUAUGUUUGCUGAUUUUUAUUUAUGAUGUGAAAUAAUAUAUUUCUUCUUAUGAAGACAUAGUUUUGCUAUACAAUUACUACUUUUUAUACAAACAGAAUAAAUUAUGAUAUUUCUAUUGAAAUCUUCAAA